CAAAGCACUGACUGCAAAGUGUUCAUAAAACUUGCACAAACGAAAUUGAAAAUAUUUGCUGUAGAUGUCUUAGAAGGAGCAGGUCAAUCUUUGUCAAGUUUCAGUAAGGAGGAAUGUCAGCCAACUGUCAAGGUUAAUGAGGUAAGAGUCUGAGCAAAGUUUGGGACAAAUAUAGAUAAGAAUUUAUUGUUAGAUACCAAUGAUUUUAUUCUUGAUGUCCUGAUUGUAUCCAAACUCUGGUCAUUUUAUACCCAAACUCUGGUUAACUGAUCUGCAAGAUCAAUACUUGUCAUACUUGCAAGAUUCUGCAAGAUCAAUAUCUGCAAGAUAAGACCUAAUCAUUUAUUUUUAUUUUUUGUUCAUCUAUCAAUAAACCCAUAUAUGAUACUGUAAUGUCUGCCCAUUUCAAUGAACGUGUGGCAAAUUUUUGUCUGCCCUUAUUUUUUUGCGCCAGUACGCCAAAAAUAUUCACUUCACCUCUCUAUUAGCCAUUCCGAAGUUGAUGAGUGGACUGGGGACGAGUGUUAAAAAGUGCCCAAAUUAAGAAAUGAACUAUUAAUCACUAAAAAAAAACACCUCAAAAUUAGUAAGUAUACAAAGUUUGAAGACGUUUACAUGAAUACCCUUCGAAUAAUAAGCUUUCGAAAAUUAUGAAAUUACUGAUUAAAAGAUUGUUUUUGGCACGCGUCCCAACAGCCGUUUCGCUAUUUCUAUUUGGGUACGUAGCCGGUAUUCUAAAUUUUAGAAUGCAGGUAGUUCCCAUGCUAGGUAUAUACCUGAGCAUCCUAAUCCCAACCCCCAACCCGACCCUAACCUCUAACCCCUAGAACCUAACCCCUAAAACCUAACCCUUUCAUUUCUUAAUUUGGGCACUUUUUAACACUCGUCCCCAGUCCACUCAUCAACUUCGGAAUGGCUAAAUAUCAAUUACACAAGAUGUGGUCAUCACAGACAGAAGCUCGUGAUCGAUACACCAAUUCAUGCCCCAUGUGGAUGUAAGGGAAUCCAGAAUCCGACUUAAUAAGCUUUGCAAUCCGGAAUCCAAACAUCGGAGGAAUCCAGAAUCCUUAUCCUGGGCCAAUUUUCUGGAAUCCGGAAAUCCAUGACCGAUCUGGAAUCCAAGGAGUGGAAUCCGGAAUCCAAGGAGUGCAUUGGAUUACCUUACGUGUGACGUGCUCGACGUUAGUUUUUUGGUGACAGAGAAAAAAAGGGGGACCCAGAGAAAAACCCUGGCUGCACAUGAGAGUUAUGAGAGAACCAAAUAACUAAAUUCUACUUCACCCAACUUAAAUAAAUACCUAAAAUCUCGACCUGCAGCAUUAAACCCGAGGAGCAGCGCAAACCGCAUCCCAUGCAGUGCGUUAUCGUGUACGUUGAUUGUGUCUCGGACAUUCGAUUUUGCUAUAGAAGUGUGGAUACGAGUGAAAAUCAAAAGCGACAAUCCACUCCAAAAAGUGGGGGGGGGGGGAGACGAUGUCGACCAAUGGACGUAAUUUAUUAUAGAUUAUAGAUUAUAUUACGAAUCUCCUCCCCCCCCCCCAGGAUUGACACCCUUGGUAAAACUACGAGUGGAUAUAGGAUCGGUUCCUACUUUUUCUCGGCGAACUUUUUACUGGCUAACUAAUCACGUUGAUACUUGCUAAAUUUGUUUCUCAAUUUGCUUCUCGCGAACAAUUCGUCCAAUGAAAAUGAAUUUUUUGAAUUUGCUUUGCGUGAACUGCGUAAUUCGGAAUCUUAAGAGUUAAAACGGUUGCGUCACCCGAAAUAAAAAUAUCUGCGGAUAGUAAAAUUUGAAUGCUGGGUCCGGUGGAUAAAAUUUGAAUGCUGGGUCCGGUGGAUAAGUGAGCAUACAUAUAGUUACCCAAUUCAAGAGCAAAAGUAAAAUUUCAGUUGAACAAUUCUCUUCCUUGAGAUCCAUGAGAUUUGUGGAAAAAAGGCUAGUCCGCUGUCACCACUGCCUUCCAGUUGAUUUUACCGAGUACAAAUCCUCCGAAAAGCUUAUGAAAACGUUAAAUUUUUCUCUGUUGGUGCUGUUCUUGCUUCAUUAUGAAUUCAUUUUUGCUCCCAUGAGAGUUCCGUGGAAUUUCCAUGGAAUUUGUGCUUUCGAGUUGUUUGUGCUGAAACGCAUUCUCUCGUAUAAUACCCCGUACACUUUGAAAUGGCGAUGCCACAAUUUACUCCGCAGUAGAGAGCUUUUAUGCAUGGUAUCAGAGUUCCUCCGUAGCAACAACAUAAACUUGGUUGGCCAAAGUUUUACGAAAGAAUAUCCAGAUGUACGAUGCCCUUCACGUAUUCGGACGCACAAAUUCCAUGGAAAUUCCAUGGAACUCUCAUGGGAAUAAAAAUGAAUUCAUAAUGAAGCAAGAACAGCACCAACAGAGAAAAAUGUAACGUUUCAUAGGCUUUUCGGAGGAUUUGUACUCGGUAAAAUCCUGCCGAAAUUUUAUCAUAAUAUAAAUGCAACAAAUAGCGAACUUUUCAUACAUGAACUCAAAUAAAGAAUACCGUUUGUCAUUUCCGUGCGCAAGCCACUUUUAGGGGAGCAAAAGUUGACCACCCCCUGGAUAGCAAAAUUUACUAUUUUCAAAAUUUUUUAUAUUUUCCAUAAUUUAAGAACUCAAGCAAUCCAUAUAUAUCAACAAUUACAUUUCAUUAACAGAAUUGUGGAAUUGAGAGCAAUUUCAAAAUUGUCUUACUUUUUUUGAUACACCCUGUAUAAUAAUGUAUAUUAAUUGUUGAAAUGUAUUGUCUAAUGAGAAGUGUGGCAUUAUGAAAAAAAUAAUAAGGUGUUUGAGAACAGUCUUCAGCAUGGCUUUGGGUGUUAUGUAAUUAUUUCAUUUUUCAUGUUUCCGAUCUAGACGCCUGGGUUAAAUUCUGGAAGUGAAAUUGAUAAAUUCAAUACUCUCUGUGAUGGUGUAUUAACUGCUCAUUCUUUGUUUGAUCUUUACUUAACUGAGGUAGGAUGCAACUUAUGCGAUAUCUUUAGUCAUCAUGAUCAGUAUAAAAAACUUGUUCACUUAAAGAUAAACAGAUGAUGUCAAAACCUUAUAGUCAUAUAUAGGGCAAUGCAACGUACGUCAAUCAUUUCACUGUCGAUUGGCGCGCCAAAAAAACGAGUAUGUUAUUCGAGAAAAUCCGGCAGCAGAUUUCGACAGGGCCGCCGAGAGGUUGGCGGGGGCCCGGGACAAAUUUUUUUUAUUUCAAACAAUAGAUUAUGAAGCUUAAUGAGGUUUAUCAUCUCAUUAAUCAUUAUUUGUCUUAAUUGCAUUCGACGCGACCAAAAUUCGAUGUAUAACAUCAACUUUAAUUAGGGAGCAAGAUUGUUGUAGUCGACUUCCAUGGGGGUAAAAAUUAUACAAAUUACACGGUGUAACUUCAAGGACUGGACGCAUGAAAAUCUGUUUGAAGUAAUUUCUCUGAAUCUCAUCAUAAAUGUAAAUACUUCCGUGUGUCUGAUGUUGAUAAGCAUGCGCGUGCUUGUUGCAGUCUGCCUCUCGAGUUUUAUUUGAAACCACUUUGAUAGGCAGACGUCAUGGAGCAAGUCUAGUUGCACCACUCCAUAUAAUAUAAGCAUAGGCAGACCAACAAAUAUAUGUUCGCCUGACUUUAUGUAUGUAGCUGCAUACAUGAUGAGCUACACAAUAAAUCGCUUGCUAGUUGCUAGCAAAGUCAGGCGAACGUUAUUUUUAACUCAUUUUUAUUUGCAUAUACAUAUCAUUUGCUGGGCUGCUUAUGAUGUAAGCGCUGUGGUCAAUUUACAGCCUGGUUAUGAAAUUACUUAUUUUGAAAAUCUUUUUCAUAUUUAUAGAUGCUUACAAUAAAGGACGAAUUACUAAAGGUUUGCAAAGAUUCUGUUGUUAGUAUAGUUUCGUUAUGAUUCAUGAGAGGUUGCGUGCGGUGUGAUUAUAAAACAGGAGAAGCGGUGUUUUACAAUAUAUUAAGCGCGUAUUACAGUGAUGCACAUGGAAAUUCACCGAUAUUCCGAUAACCGAUAUUGAUGACCGAUAUUUUGCCGAUGUACCUAUACCGAUAUUUUAUGACUAUGUCAUUUCACAAAAUUCAAAGAUGACAUCAUGACAGUUCUACUUUAACACUUUUGAAUUUAAUUCAAUUUGUUUGUUUCAAAUGCUGAAAAUAUCAAAUAAAAUACUGCAAAUGCUUGAAAUAAAAAUAACUAUUGAACUGCAACUAUAACCAUGCAAUCAAUCAUUAUUAUCAUUCACUUUAUAGUAUUCUCAAUUUUGAUUGGUUAAUUUACCUGCAAAUAACUGCGUGCAAAUAAUAGUCUGAGCAUGCGCCUUUGUUAAAAACGUUGCUCAGCUACAAGUAAUAGUCUGAGCAUGCGCAUUGCCUUCAAUUUUUGUAAACAAUGGCGGCUCGGUUUGCUGAACCAAAGAUUAAGUAUAUACUUAAUCUUUGGCUGAACUUUCGGAAAAUGAGUUAUCUUGCGUAAGCAAGAAAAAAACGCCGAAAAUAAAAAGAGAUAGAUCAAGAUAAAUCAAAGAUAAAUCAACAAGACGAUCAAGUUGGCUCAAAAGAAACUCUUGCCAACGUCCUUUGCAAGUUUUAUGAAUUAUGCAGAAGCAAGAAAGAGAGACGGCGAACUUAUAUAUUAAACGAAAGAUAAAAUGAAGCUUUAUAAGUGAACUAAAACAAUUAUUGAACUCGGUUCUCGCGAAAUAUCGUGAUUUGUCGGUGGCUCGCAGAUCAAUUAUUUGCCUCUGCCUUCGGCAUCGGCAAAUAAUUGAUCUGCUCGCCACCGACAAAUCACAAUAUUUUGCUCAACCUCGUCCAAUAAUUGAUAAAUAUUUAAUAACAGUUUGUAAUAUCGGUAAUAUCAACAACAAAAUUACCGAUACCGAUAUUUCUAUUUUAGUUGAUAUCACUAAAGCGUUACUGCAUAUUAUCCAGCACUGACGCAUUUAGGAUUUAUAUUCUCGGUUAUAAGCAAUCUUGUAUCAAGAAAUUUUAAGAGCCUUCGUUGCUUUCGGGACCCCUUUUGGGUUGUGGGGGCCCGGGAAAAUGCCCCGCACACUCGGCGGCACAGCAAAAAGUUGUUUGUUGUGCAAUAUCAACCUGUUGUCAAAUUGGUGGCAGCGGUGCGCGGUGGAUUUACAUGCAUGGGCAUUCCGAAACAGAUCACAACUCAUGAAAAGGGUUAUGACUACUCUUUUUAAUAUUCAAGAUGUUGGGGUUUUUUUGUAGUUCGUGAAAAUUGUCCAACGCUGCCUACACUUUGGAACCCAACAUAAUUAUACUCAACAUUACAUGUAUAUGAUCGACACCUGUUCGGCAGACAAUAUCAGUAUAGUCUAUAGACAAUAUCAUUUUAGCUGCUUUUAAUAUAUAUUUAUUUUUCUCCUAGUGUUAUUAAUUAUUAAAUAUAUAGUUUAAUUAUGGUAUUUUAUAAUUGUUAUUAGUAUAAUUUCAGUAUUGAAAAAUGGCCUUUGAGCAUUCUGACUGGCUCCCUCAGCAGUUACUCUGAGGCAAUAGUUACAGCUCGGACUGCUCUGAGCAGUAACUAUUGCUUUCUCCAAAAAAAAUGGCUGAAAAUCAGACGGAAGUAAAUUAUAUAUGCAAAUUAUAUUCAUAAAAUAAACACGUGCAUUAGUUGUGUUAAUGUGUUUAUAUAUAAAACUUUUUCAAUACUGAAAUUAUACUAAAACGAUUAGUAUAAUGUACUGUUUAGAAAACGAGCAGGAGUGUUUUAUUAGGUUUAAAGACACGAGCGCGCAGCACGAGUGGCUUUAGACCUAAUAAAACACGACCUGCGAGUUUAUUAAACGGCUUCAAACACGACUACAAAUUCAAUAGAUACUACCUUAUUAGUAUUCUUUAUAUAAAGAAUACUAAUGAGGACACGACUACAAUAGAUACUGCCUUAUUAGUAUUCUUUAUAUAAAAAAUACUAAUUAGGAGUGUUUUAUCAGAUUUAAACUGAACCACUGCACGUGACAUAUUAUGCAUGGUUGACAUGAUUUGCCAAUAAGCUUAUGAAUUAUUAAUGAAUGUUAAAUAACUGAUGAAAGUCCAGCAAAUUUCACGUUGCAUAUCUUUUUCUUUGUCUAGCAUUCGUUGCCCUCGAAUCUUUUGAUCAACCUCACAUUAACAUGUUCCAAACUGUAUAGAAGGUACUUGUAAUAAAAUGGCAGAGUUCAGUGUUACAGACAGCGAUGGCGACCAUGAAAGUGUGGGAACUAUAAAAUCUCUCUAUUGUAGUUUUGCCACCAUGUACAAGACUACCACUUAAUUCUAAUGAAACUAAUCUGAAAACGAGUUUGGACAAUUCCUUAAGAUAUUUUGUUGACCACCAUCUGCACCUAUUGAACAAUAGUUGUAGUAUAGCAAUAACGUUUUACUCCCGGUGCUGUGCUGACCGAUGUUUUGUACUGGGUUGUUCAAUAAGGUUGUAAUAUUGUAAGGUUGUAAUCAAUGAGUCUGAUGAGAAGCUGGGGGAAGAAAGUGUAGUGGCCGUUAUAUGAAAUAAUACAUCAACACAUGUUCUCUUCACUCUUGCAUGUAUACAUGAUUUCAGCACUGUAAAACUGGAAUCGAUAUUUUUUGUUCAUGCAUGCUUGUAUCUCUAAAGGAUAUCAUUAAUAUUCUAGUGCAUCUGACCUCAGUACUCCAACAAGUGAACUAGUGCGUCUUGUGAGAUUGUACUCAGCACAGUGGGAAGCAAAGAGCAAUAUAUUAAAAAAAAUUCACGAUGAUUACGAAAGGUAAGUAAUGUUGUAUAGUUGAUGAGAAAAAACGCGAUCCAUUAUCCAAUUAUAAUAAUGUCCUAUAAUUGACACAGAAUAAAAUAGUGGAAAAGGAAAUUUUUCACAGGACGUGCAUCUACUUAAUAAUUGUUAAGCAAUACAAUGCAUAGAGCAUAAGCGGCGUGUUAUGUAAGAUAUUUAGUCAAACACGAGCCGAAGUUGAGCUUGUACUUCGUCGUGAUGAAAAUGGUCAUAUCCGACAACAAAAUAUCAUUCAUGAUCAUGUCUUCCACGACGAGACACAAGUGAUAUUUGAUGAUAAUAAGUUCAUGUAAAAAACGGCGGAUUUUCUAUCAUAUUGUGUAUAUAAAAGCUCAUUCAUUGUCAUGAUUCCUUUGUGAUUUUGCAUUCAUGUGAAUUAUUAAAGAAAAUUAAAAUGUCUUUACUUCGCUACCAAUAUUUUACUUUUAGCAAACAAAGGCGGUUAGAUAUUGCUUUAAAGAAGCUUGAACUAGUCGGUGUAGCGGUGGGUUCUUAAUUUUAUUUUUAUCUAAUACUCACUUUGCAAACAUGCUUUGAGGUGCAUGUUGCAAUUACGUAGUUUUGUUUUGUUCAGUCUGAAAGAAUGGAGAAGGAAAAGAGAAUCAGAAAUUGGGAGAAAAUAUAUUCGAAAGUUAUGGUUAGUACAAAUAGAAGGCGUGUAGAACCCGAAGACUAAAGGGAGCUGUGAUUAUAGUGCCAUGAUUUCACCCUUGGCGUAUGUUUUUCAUAGAGUGCUAAGAGUCACGGUCACAGAUGGAAGUUUUUGAUUGGAUCGUUGAAAGAGAAAGCAAAAACAGGGUAACAAAAAUUAGGCAGUCUGGUGCAUGCAGAUGUCUGUAUAGACUUGGUUCAAGUCCGUCUCAGGAGAAAAGUAGGGAGAGACGGACUUGGGACAUUCGCAGCAUUUCAAAUGUUACUUGCAAAAAUUGGCGCGAAAAUUUGUUGUCGUUCUCAAUUGGCAAGCCACGCCUCCGUAGGAAAAAUCCGACGGUAAAAUUUGGCGCGCUUGCAGGGUAUCCAAGUCCGUCUCUCCCUACUUUUCUCUCAUAUUUUUCGCGCCUUUUUUGACCGCUCGCGUGCAUCGCUAUUUUCAACCCCUUGAGAGACGGACUUGAACCUAGUCUGAUGUCUGUAUAGUUAUGUAAUAUUUCAAAUCCGACAAUGAGGACUGGACUUUCAAGUCCGCGCAAUUUGAUCAAGUGUGAGAUGAAGCCGAGGACUGGAUCAAAAUGCGAGGAAUCUAGUCCAGUCCGAAUUGGAGGAUUUGAGUUGACAUCUCAUACGAAUAAAUCACUAUACUUAAAGUGAGGUGAAUUACUACAAUUUUGAUCCAGUCCAAGGACUGAAUUAAUUUUGAUCAUGUCCUCGGACUGGAUCAGUAUACUUCACCAGAUAUCCAGUAUUAUCAUGUGAGCAAAAUAAAGCAAUAUGACUGGCUAAUUUAGUCAUGAAUUAUUAAUGCGUUUGAGAUGUAAUAUAUAAACAACGAGAGCGCGAAGCGCGAGUGUUUUCAUACAUUGUUUUCGAGUGUUUGGAUAUCCCAGUGAGACACGAGCUCGAGUUGUUUAUAUGGCUUCUCAAAUGAAUCGAGACGUAACAGAAUGUUUUCGUUUGCUGAUUUGAAUAGAAUUCGUAACCAAGCAUAACGUAAUUAGGAAUUCUAUUCAAGUAAUUUUGCAUGCGUAAUUAAGAUAUUCAGUGAUGAAAACACUAGUGAGUAGUGACUUUCAUCAAGUUUCACCGGGUUAUCCAAAUGAUAUCUUGUGAUCAAAUAGGUGAUUAUCAUUGGCUGAAUUGCUCAUGAAUUAUUAAUGAUUUUGAGAAAAUUAAUUAUUGUUUGGUACAUCAGGAAUAGUCUGAAUCCAGUACAUGUUAUCAUGACCAAUUAUAUAGUAGUUUUUUUACACAGCUUGUUUGUAUUUUCUAUUAUUUGUUUGUAUUUUUAAUCAUGCAAUAACUAAAACUUGUAGUUGGUAGCUAAUGGGAAUUAUAUCCAUCUGCAUCUUGUUGAUAUAGAAAAACAAUCUUUUUAAUAUGUUUAAUGUUGUUCUUUUUAGAGAUAUUCUUUCCAUACCAUAUCCCUCAAGUUCCCCAAAUGAUGCGGAGGUUGUUGGUAUGUUCAAUUUGAAACAACGCAUGCGCUGUUCACGCAUAUUGAACAUCACAAACGUUUUUUAGAUUAUUUUAAUCGUGUAUUAUUUCUUAUAUUAAUAAAAUGUUUAGAUUCUAAAGCAGAACCCAUCAUUCCGCGUCAUCACCGCAGAAAUGUGCAAAGAUUGAGACAUCAAACUUUAUUAAAACGUGAAGCUCGUAACAGUCGAAGUAGUAGAGCACACGAUGACCUAAACGAGGUUAGUGCGUUAUGGUUGUUUUUCUAACUACAGCUCACGUUUCUCAGGUAGAAAAACCACAACUCAUCUUAGCACUUGAAGCUACUUGAUCUAUAUAAAUAUAAUGAUUUAAUUAGAGCAUACAAACGCGGAUGACCGGCUAACCUCCUGACCGAUAGCCUGCGAGCAGCCCGAGGCUGCGGGCAGGCUACCUCCUGGUGGAGAUAAUUAAAACUUCUGGUUUUCCUUUAGUUGCAGGACAGUCGGGAAGAAAGUGAAAUAUCUUCUGAAGAGGAUCCUCUGACUUUGUCUCGAAUGAGAAAAACUAGUAACCAUGAAACAAAACCUAGUUUUGUAGCAUCAAGGUAUGUUCGUGACUUAAUCUCCUUAUGCCAAUAGUUAAGUUACUGUUCCCAGAUAAGGCGUCAGGUCUGGCCUACCAGCGACCAAGUUGGUUGAAUCUCUAAUGUAAACGGGUUUUUUCGUUUUGUUAGAUUUAAAUCCAAGUAUCCUUUUGAUACAGAAACAGGUGUGUGCUCAAAUUUUCACCCUUAUUCCCCCGUUAAUAAUGUAUAAAGCUAUAAGCAAUGUGACAGGCAGGUACAAAAAGCAAGAGGCCAUGUUUCAGCAUUGUGUGGCAAGCAAAAGACUUUAACCAAAUUUCACGAUUUUGUUGGCAUCUCACUCGAUUGAAUAAUAGUUGAGGGUAUUGUAGACGGAAAUUAUCAAGUGGAAAUUUAUAUACAUUUAUUAGACCUAACCAUGCAGGAACAGCUUCAAAAAAGGAAACUAUAGGUUUCUGGUGUUACGUACUCAGGUGAAUAUGAUGUUUGUGACUCUGAGUGUAUAUCCACACCGGGCGAGCUUGAAAAAUAUGCCCGGCUACGGUGGGAAUCGAACCUACGACCUUUGGAAUACUAGCCCAAUGCUCUGCCAACUGAGCUACGCGGUUAGGUCGGUUCGAGUAUGCGAUAUUUCGGAACUGAGUCUAGUUCCUUCGAUAUCAGUGUAAUCUAAUAAUCAUGAUAUUUGCUGUGUUGGUGUAAUGUACUCAGGUGAAUAUGAUGUUUGUGAUGUUACUCUGAGUGUAUAUCCACACCGGGCAAGCUUGAAAAAUAUGCCUGACCACGGUGGGAAUCGAACCUACGACAUUUGGAAUACUAGCCCAAUGCUCUGCCAACUGAGAUACGCGGUCAGGUCGGUUCGAGUAAGUGAUAUUUCGGAACUGAGUCUAGUUCCUUCGAUAUCAGUGUAAUCUAAUAAUCAUGAUUUUUGCGCUACAUACCAUGUAGGUUUCUGGCAGGAAUCGAAUCUGACGCCCUGCGUUUUCGGUUGCAGCGCUCUAAAGCAGCUAUUCCUGGUUAGGUCUAAUAAAUGUAUAUAAAUUUUCGCCUGCUAAUUUCCAUCUACAAGACCCUUCAACUAUAACCAAAUUUGCAUCUUUCCAUGAGCAGAGAAAACCAUAAAAUAAUAUUUUGAAAGCUUUUUUAAUUUUUUUGUAAAGGUCAAUCUCGAAGGUUUAGAUCAGAGCGAGUAGAAAGUCCAACUGGCAUACGAAAUGCCAACAUUCGAAGAACUCCAAAUCGAAGGUUUCUCAAGGUAAGAAUAAAGAUUAGAUAUUUUUAACUGCAUUUCGACGAAAGGGUUCUGCAUUUCGACGGAAGGAGUCUUUACUACACUUGUUUCGUUGUGGUUGUGCCUUCGAUUUGGUAUUGAUGUCCUUUUCUGUUUUGAAUAAGUUACUAUUUUAUUUGCUGUACUUGUAAUUACUGGAAAACCGUAUAAUUACUCAUCUCUAAUAUUUUAGCAAAAAAAUGUUUCAUUCUUUGAUGAAUCACCAGAAGUUAACAAACCGUGCGCAAAGGAAGAUAAGAGUGUGGGGACUGGGGAGACUGAAUAUGAUAGGUAAGAAUUGGAAUAUACCUAAUUAGCUAACGUAUGUUUAUGCAUGAUGUCGCCAUCGAAUCCACUUAAUCACCAUAAACAUCUGAACAUGCAUUCAAAUUUCGCGUACAGCAGAGAUGCCUUAAUUCAUUUGUCAUUGUCCCUUCAUCACAGGUUGUCGUUGACAUGCUAUGUAUGUUUAUUUUAGAUUCCUGCACGUGCGGAUAUACAAACCUGAAUGCAAGUUAGGUAUGUUUGCUUUUAAAAUCUUUUAGUGGUGGGUUAUCAGCAUGGGCCACGAUGUUGAUACGUAUAUAUAGUCGUUAAGUUUUCGUUCCUUUGAGAAAUGCAGUAUAUUGUCGUCUACCCUUGAUGUUGUCAUUGUUGUUAUUUUGGUUAUGUUGUUGUUGUUGUUGUUGUUGUUGUUGUUGUUGUUGUUGUUGUUGUUGUUGUUGUUGUCGCUAUUGUUGUUGUUGUUCACUCGUUGUUCCCAACGAUUUUUUUGCCAUUUUAAAUGUUUGUCUAGUUCCGGAGCCAAAAUGUACGAUAUGCCUUGGUGAGCAAGUAUUUAGCAGCGAAAUUUACAGCAACAAUGAAAAUGCCACGACCACAUCAGACGUUAACAAAUCGUCUCAAAAUGCUGAACAAAAUAAGUGAGUCUUUUUUAUCUCACGUUUAAUUCACUGCCGAAAUUACUGCAUGUACAAUUGUCCAGAUUAUUUGCAAUCCUAUCGAGCGUUUGCACUCAUUUCCCAGGGAACAACUGUUCAACAAAAGCCAUGGCGGCCAAUGCCAUGUUGGUGUUCCAGACAAAAGAGUCUAAUUAAAAUUCUUUUGAAUUUGAACACCAACAUGGCGGCUGUGACGUCAUGUGCAAACGCUCUAUAGUCUAUAUCAUUCAUGGUUCAUGCUUCCUGAGUAAAAGCACCAUUAAAUUUAAGCCCUAAAUUAUUAAGAGUUAUGCGUAGUGAAUUCUUUCUGUGUAGACUUUACACUCAUGAAAGAUAGAAGAAGAAGACUUGCAUGUUGUUUAUUGUUAAAUGAGUUUUUAAACGUCAAGUGCUAAAUUUUCUUAAGAAAAAUGAAUGAAUAGCCUAAAUUGUAAUGUAUAAUUAGCCUAAUUUUCUCUAAAGAAUACCUCUUUUUGACAGAUUAGCUUCAAUUUAUUUAGAUAUCAGGAAUUCAUGUUCGCGCUGCCGCCAGAUAAAGUUUACUUGCAAGGGCAAGGUAUUACCAACAUUGAAUCACUUCAACUGAGGAUUGCUGUUCAAGCCGAAAAUGGAGGGCAAAUGGUAGCAAUGUCCACAGUGGGAUAUGAAGAGCUAAAAAUUACGGUACGUUACUAAUGAUACUCCCUUAUAUCCAAUUGGAAUUCGAAUAGCGGAAUAGGGAUUUCUUUUGGAAAAUGGUCCACAUUGAAUUGGAACCGAUUGGAAUCCCAAUUGGAAGCUAUUGGAAUUAACUGAACGUCGGGAAAAAAAUCAGUUCAAGUGUUAUCGUGCUGACAGGCUAAUAUUUCUUUAGAAAAUGAAUAAUAUUUAUCAAUCAUAUAAAGUCUAUAAAGAAUAUGCCUACUAAAAUCGAGUUUUCUCUUUUGUUUUAAAGCAAAGUGUUGUUGACUCGGAGCAGGAAUCUCCUAAGAAACAUCCAAUGUUAUCUCUCGUUUCGGACAAAGAAACAAUGUUUAAUUCAGUCAUUGGUCAUGUUCCUGUUAUUUGUUACCAGGUAUAGAUAAAGCAAUUUCUGUUGUAUAUAACUGAUUAAUACCUAAACUUGUUACACUUUCAAUAGUAUACAAUAUGGACCAUACUGAUAGGACUCAGUUAUGAACCGGUUUUUUUUGUGAAACAAUUCUUUUAAUUUUUUAAUUUUAUGUGCGUAAAGACAAAGAAAGAAAGGUAAGCUUUCAAAAGCAAGUACCGAGUCUGGACAUUAAAGUCAGAAUGUAUCGUAUAGCAGCUACCGAGACGAAACAGGCUGGAUCUCAAGAGUUGUUCAAAGAAAAUUGCAUUUUCCCUUAAUAUAAAAUGAUCUGUGGUCUACACUGUCAUAAGUUAUGAAUCCGUAUGGAUCUUCAUUGACUGAAUUGCCAAUUGGUAUUGUCAUUCCACUAUAAAACUGAAUUGUUCUUUUUAUGUAGAUUGUGUUUACUUAAUAAAUCAACACAGACUUUGUCAUUCCAAGAGUAAGUAUAUAUGAGGCAAUCAGCAUAGAUAUUUACACUGAAAAAAAUAACUGACUUGAAAAGUAAUGUACAAUAUUCAAACUUUCUUAUUGAUCGCAAACUAUUUAGCUCUAUUAAUCAAUGAAAAUGUUUCAAUAUAAGAAACUUUAAUUAAUUUGUUUCUUUGAUAGUUUUGUUUUGUAAACAACUCUUUUGAUUUUUGGUUGCAGGUUAGUUGAUGAAGUAUUGGCGGCUAAGAAGUAAGAAUAUUUUGUUAUAAUAAUCACAUGUUUGUUAUCACUACAUUUAAAGCACGUUGUCAUGCAUAGGUGUAGUGGAUGAGGCGAAGCCGAAGAGCCAGUGAUAUGAGUUCUCCUUGUCAAUAUUAUGUUUUAAUUUUAUGGGAGGGGCCCAGGGGUGGCCCUAUAAGGAAAGAGGAAAUUCCUUACAUAUUGUUCGUCGAGGUUUGGUCUAAAAUCUUCGUUGAUAUUAUGCCUUGCAGUGACUUUGCAAUGUCAGAAAUAGAUUAAAGAUAACGUAGGUCAGUGUAGAGCAGAUUAUAAAUGAUCAGUAUAUCCAGUUCGAGACUUAUUUCAGCUAAAAUCAAAUAAUUAAUGCCUAGCGUCUACAGCACUCUGGUCGUCCAGUGCGAACCCAGACGUCUUUUCCCGCCAGACGUCUUUUCCCGCCAGACGUCUUUUCCCAUGCUCAUUCGUGGGAAUUGUUAAAUUCUUAAUAAAGAUUAGCCAGAGUGAUAAUUCCAUGGCCCCUACUUAGUUAUCAUCAUGGUGGAUUUUUUACAAAAAAUAAGUUACCUACCAAAUGGUCUGGUUGCACGACUUAACUCAAUGGCUCUGCAAUGGUCUGGGUCAGAGCCGUGCACAGGAGUCGUAAGGACCGCACUUAAAUAUACUUUAUUUUUCUCCCUGGAAAAUAUUUUUAAUACAAGCUAGCCAUGGUUAUAACUCCACCACUUUGCCGAGUUAUUCCAUGUUGGGUUUUUACCAAAAAAGUAAUAAGUUACCCACUAAUUACCCACCUAGCUUUCAAUUGAUAAAUCCACUGACCUCUUUAGCUUUGUGCAUGGUUAGUGUCCUGCAGAGGAAUCGUUUAUGGGAAAAAAUAGUUUAAUACAAAUUUAGGCGUAGUGAUAUCUCCACCACUUCACAGUUUUCAUCAUGGUGGGUUUUUAUGAAAUAAAAGGUUGUCCAAUUGUCAGACACAAGCUUGGGUCCCUAUACUGUGCCACAGUGACUGUGCCUAGGAUCGAAAGAAAGAUCCCUGGCCCCUGUGCUACUGUCAGGGCCGUCCCGAGGAAAUUUUUCAGGCGGGUAUAAGGUCUGACGAACGAGCUUGUACCGACCACCUGCUAGCCAUGGAAGCUUGUGGAAUUUCCGAUGGAGGUCAACUACGGAGCCAUUCUUAGAUUAAGGGGGCUACAGCGAACGUCGAAUGCGUGAGUUUGUCCGGGGGGUCCGGGGGAAUGCUGCCCCUGGAAAUUUUGAAAUCUGAGACCUCCCAGAGCCCCGGAAAUGCAAUCAAAUUUACUAGUUGCUGUUAAAAAGUUUCUUAAUAGACGACUUCUAGGCCCCAGUUACACGAUACCGGAUUCGCAUCGGAGCGACAUCAAAUUUUACUCGAAGUGAAUUUGGCACUUAAAAUUCUGAUCAUAUAACAUAAUUAAACAAAAACUUCAUAUAUGAAAAGUUGUAAUAGCAGACAAGACUGGAAAACACCUUAAACUGAUGUCGCUCCGAUACCAAUCCGGUAUCGUGUAACUGGGGCCUUAAUCUAACAUUACCCGUCAUUUGUACCAACCAGAAAUAGAUUGUAUACUUAUACUAAUAAGUUUUAGUAUAAUUACAUAGGUGAUUAUUGAAAAUUCUCCACGCUGAUUGGUUGCCGUUGAGGUGAUUAUUACGCGAUAAUCACCUAAGCGAUUUUCAAAAUGGCGGCCGAAGCCUUUUUGUCAAUUAAAUGGCGAAGAAAUCUGUAUUUUCUUAUUUUUUCCCAAAUAAUCACCUAUGAAAUUAUACUAAAACAAUUAUUCACCUCAGGCUCGGUGAUUAUCGUGAAUAAAAACCUCGACUUCGUCUCGGUUUUUAUUCACCGAUAAUCACCUCGCCUUCGGCGAAUAAUUGUUAAAUAAAUAUAUUGUUAACUGAUCUGAAAGAUUUCAGUAUUCUUAGUUUAUAAAAAUUACAUAUGUAUGAGGAAUUGUUGCCCCCCCCCCUGCUCCGCGGUCCCUGAAGUUACGCCCGUUGUGCUCUAAAUAAAGCCUGUUCUAAAUCGUCAUGUUUGAUAAUUGAGUUUUUGGCGGCAAUAUAUUGUGUUCGGCGGUACUAUACCUAUCAAAUAUGCUAUACAUAUACUUUGUAUCGCUGUGUCGUUUAACUGUCAAUCUGGGCUUGUUUUGCUAACCGAUUAUAAUGAUUAUCCUGCUGAGUAAAUUUCGAGUAACCAAAAUUUCCGUUUCUUAUAUAACAGGUGAAAUCGGUAGUAGUUUUAUUCGUCAAAAAUAUUUUUGUCUACCGACUGAAAUAGCAGUCCUGCCGGCUGAAGCUUGGAAUAGAAUUUCUGGGGGGUGUCACACCCCCCGUAGCUCCGGCCCUGGUUACUGUAAUAGUGUAAUGCCUGUAGAAAACCAAAAUUCACGGGGACCAUGGCCCAAUGCCAAUGGUCCAUUAACAUGAAAUCAGGAAAUUUGGCUGUAAUCUUUGUAAUCUUUUAAUCAUUGAAACUCUCUAUAACAAACUGGAAACACGAACAGAACGUUUGCAAGAUGGCGGAUAAUAAAUAGUUUACAGAAAAAUCUUUGCAAACUAUGGGCUCUAAAAUAUCAAAACGAAGUAGUCAAGAACCAAACAAUGACUUAUCGGCAAGGGUCCAUAUUCCAUUCCAGUUUUUGGAUACAAGUAAAAUGCAAUCUUCAUGUGCGCCGAAUAUGAUAAAAAUUUUCUUAAAGCCACAGCGAGCCGAGCCAAGGCCUGGUUACGGUCAAAGAUCAUCCUUGGCUUUUCUGAGGGAUGAAAACUAUCUUCUCUUUGGUUCAGUUUAUUUUGCAGCUUUCAAUGACUUGGCAAGACGAUUGUUCGAAGAACCACCUGGUGGUCGUACAGGUCCAGAGGGUGAUAAUUUAUGUCUAAUAGACCUCCAUUCUGGUGAAAUGCACGAAGUUCUCAGCAGCUCAGUUCGUGAUAUAUCUGUAUCCAGUAACAAGGAAUAUGCUGCAAUUUUAAUCUAUACUGGCUACAGUCAUUUACAACUCUGGCGAUGUGUAAAUAAAACUUUACAUUGGUGUCCUCAGACAUGUGAGAAAUUAGAUUUUGUUGAUGAAACUAUUCAACGAUGUACUAUAUCUCAUGCCACAUGUUGUUCCAUUUCUCCAAAUGGAAAAUGGCUAGUACUAGCGGUCUGUUCAAACUUUUUUACAAUAGGAACUAAAAAUCAUUUGGAGAUCUACACACUAAACAAGAACAAGCUUGAUAAGAAACAGAUGGCUGCCAUCUAUAAAACAUUUCCUAAUUCUAUGUUCAGUUUAGAAAUGCUUAUUAUAAGUCUUGAAUUUUCCUCUGACAAUGAAAUCCUUGCUGCAGGGACCUUUGCAAAAUGGAAAUCUAGCGGAGUGUAUUUGAUAUCAACCAAAACAUGGAAAAUUAUUCUAAAUGUUACAGAGGAGAUGAAACCCUUUGCCAGCCUCAUCUGGGGUGUUUUUAGUCCAUUGUUUACACAUCAACUUAUAAGCUUGACAAAAUGGGGUUGUUUGCAAAAAUGGGAUACUUCUCCACUUUAUGAUGACCUAACCCAACGGAUUAAAUCAAUUGAUUCCAUUGACAAGAUGUAUGUCACACAUGACAUUCCUAAUGGCCCAGAAGUCACUUCGUGCCCGAGAUUUUCAUCUGAUGGAAAUCUGUUUGCUGUUCCAUUAUCAGAUGGAGAUAUCAUUAUUCUAGAUACAAAUCUGUUUCAAAUAUUAUGGACUAUACUUUGCCCAAAUUUUCAAUCUGAACUUGAUUUGUCAAACACACCACAACAUUUGGCAGCAACAAGUGUGUGUUUCUCAAAGUCUUGUGAAUAUCUAGCUGUUGGAUAUUCUGAGGAUGUUGUCUCAGUAUGGUUGUUGCCCAGAAUGCAUUUCACAUUGAAACAUUAUUGCAGAAUCAAGAUUAUUAGUAUGUGUCCUCCAAAGUUAGUACACAAACUACCCAUUCCAGAAGCUCUUAAACAGUACCUACUUUAUCAAUUAUAGAUAAUUUACUAUUUAAACCAUAAUAGCAAAUUUCUACAAAUUAUAAUAAUAAUAAUCUUUAAUACCUAUUUUAAGUUAAAAAGUACAAUAGGUUUACAAAUAUGAUUAGAACUAUGAUAAAAUUACAAUGUAUAUACAAUUUUAUUUAUAGUAAAUAAUAAAUAUAUAUGCUAUUUUAUAAUAUUAAAAUCUAUCUAUUAUUCAGGGAAAUAGCCCUGGGUAUAAAAGAGUGUUUAUGUUUCUCUGUACCAGACCUUACAGAUGGUGAUCUCAUAAUACAUUGAGUAUUACUUGCAAGUGCAAUGUGUUAUGGGAUCUCCAGGGGGCAAUUGGCUGCAAAAAAAACAAGGGGGUCUGUAAACCGGCAACUCAUCCAUUCGUCCAGUCAUAACAUUUGGAACAAUAUAAAUGUGAGCUCCAAGUACAGUGUACUUUGUAAUGGAGACCUCGUGUUUCCAAACAUUUUUUCAUAGUAAACCAAAUCUUUCUUUUUUCAGAAUGAGUGUUUAUUGCUAGGGCUCCCAUGUCACAUGUGUUGCUUGCUUGCAACAGUCCGCUUUCAUGUGAUUCAAUAACUGACACAACUUUAUAUGUAAGGAAGAGAACAUAUUUGUAAAGAUUCAUAGUUAGCAUUAGAUUAAGUUUUCACGUAUAUAUACAUAAUAUAAUAAUAUAUAAUAAUCCUUUCAUUAUGAACGAUAAUAAGCCUUUCAUUAUGAACGAAACACUGACUGUAUAUAUAUAUAUAUAUAUAUAUAUAUAUAUAUAUAUAUAUAUAUAUAUAUAUAUAUAUAUAUAUAUAUAUAUAUAUAUAUAUAUAUAUAUAUAUAUAUAUAUAUAUAUAUAUAUAUAUAUAUAUAUAUAUAAUUUGUUCAUAAUGAAAGGCUUAUUAUAUAUAUAGAAAUGUGGAUUUUUGAAAUGCUAAAAGAUUGAUGAAUUGUAACUGGUUCACCAGAGUUCAUUAUUCUUAAUGUGCCACAAGCAAGGUUCUAAAUAUAUCUCUGCUUCUGCGACAGCAAACCAAUUUCCUUAAGUUUUAGUCUAUUGAGAUUUCGUCAAUUUUAUAGCUAAAGAUCAUUCUUGCAACUUUAUUCUGCAUUUUGUAGCCCGGCGCACACUAGGGCUAUGUACUUAGCAAAAUUUCACUCGUGACUACUUGCGUAAGCAAAUAUUCCCCUAGUGUGUGGUGACGUUUCCAGAGUUUUUGUUCACGUGUACCAUGGGAACCUGCUCUGCGACUUUCUUUCAAUUUCACAGUGGGACUGGGAUUUGAUUUAAAAAAAGGGCUCGGAAAUGGGAUUUAGAGAAAAUUUGGGCUGGGAAAUGGGAUCUAGACCCCCUUCAUGCAGGACCCUCUAUAAUAUAUAUAUUUAAUAUAAACUAAAGAUGAAUAAAGGUCAAUAAAACCGGACGCUUAUAUAUUUAAAAGACCGCGCCAUGCAAUGAACUGUAUCGAUUUAAUGGCGUUCUCCGAGAACUUAUAACUUCUCAACUUUAACACUAUAACGCGUGAUAUAAAACGGUGUAUCUUAACCUGCGAACACGACCUGCUGCUGCCCACAACACAGUGACUGUUCGCCGUUUAGUGUAUCUAAACAGUAGUAACGAUGAGGGAGAGGGGACCUAGUCCUAGGUCAUCGUGGGUAAUAUGUUCUACCAUGAUGCAUUGUGCACAAGCAAAAUCCCAAUUAUUUUUUAACUAUUAAAUAGUUCAAUAUCUACCGUCAUCUAGUGUCAUCUACCGCCAUCCAUCAUUUACCAUAAAUAGUCUUCAAUAGAUAUCACCUGAUUUAACAUCAUUAGGACUAUCGAUUGUUUAUACAAUCCUCACAAUUCAAUUGAGAAAUCACGUGCACACGACCGUAUGCCAUACUUAAACGGUUUUUUUUUAAGAUUAUGUAAUACUAAUACGUGUUUGAAGAAAGGUUGUCUCUUCUAUAUAAUAUUUCUGUUUCAACAUUGAAUUUUUAAAUUUUCCUUUACUUUUAACUAGACUCAUGAAAUGAGCAUUAAAAAAUAUAAUAAUAUAUAAUUUUUUUAUAUAAUGUCAAUCCCAGUAAAUAUGCUGGUGUACAUCAUUGUUAUGUGCUUGGUAUAUAGGAGGUCUAUGUACUGUUUAAUAAACGAGCAGGAGUGUUUUAUUAUGUUUAAAGACACGAGCGCGCAGCGCGAGUGGCUUUAGACAUAAUAAAACACGACCUGCGAGUUUAUUAAACGGCUUCAAACACGACUACAAAUUCAAUAGAUAUGCUGCCUAUUAGUUUAUAUACUUUAUAUAAAGAAUACUAAUGAGGACAUCACUACAAUAGAUACUGCCUUAUUAGUAUUCUUUAUAUAAAGAAUACUAAUUAGGAGUGUUUUAUCAGGUUUAAAGCCACUGCACGUGACAUAUUAUGGUUGACAUGAUUUGCCAAUAAGCUUAUUAAUUAUUAAUGAGUGUUUGAAAUAGGUUUUAAUGCACUCCUCUAGUCCUCUGUUUGUUUUGUUACGCCAACCGGUGCGUUCUCGCAGAAAUGGGAAAAGCAAGACGGCUAGCCAGCACAUAGAAACUCAUAUUAAUUGCAUGUACCUCACCGCUAUAAUAUAAAUUGCAUAAAAAUAGACCACCUCGCAGUCAGUCUUUGUUUUAUCACUUUGCUCCUGCGAAUCAAGUUUUACUAAAUUAGUUUCUUACUCAAGGUUGCUACAAUUUUUAUGUUCAUUUUAGAAAAGAGGAGGAUGAUCAUAGGAUUAAGGAGGAUAAUGAGGUACUGUCGAGAGAUUAAUGCAUGCAUGGUACAAUUCCAGGAGUGCAAUGAAGAGAAAAUUUCAAACAUGAUUUCAGCUGACAGCGAGACUUUCUCAAACUCAUUCAAAGUAUUAUUAUUUUAAAUCAAUCACAAUGUUAUAUUGUUGUUACACGGAAUGCACCUUAAUUCCUAAUUACACUGUGAACAGUGGUUAAUAUAUAGGAACAAUACUUAUACCAUAUUAAGGAUUUGGGGAAAAAAUUCCAGUAUUUUUUUAGUGAAUAUAAAUUUGCCCAAAUUUCUAUGAUUUUUCGAUCUCUGAGAAACAAUUAGCAUCUUUUCUUCUUCUUUCGUCAUUCUUAUGUUUUGUCUUACAACUUAUAUACUUAAGGUAAUUCCGCAGUAAUUGUUCCCGAAAUGAGAAUGUGCUGAAACUUCCCAGGCAUGGAGUCACCGGACUCGUUAAGAAGAUAUGACAAUCACAAUAUACCACCUUUACCCCAAUAUGGCGCCAUCUUGACGCUCAUUACGAGUAACAGCAAAAUUACAACAGCCCGAUAUUUACUGACGUUUUUAGCGCGGAUUUUGCUUUAGUAAACCUAUCUUGUAAUUAUUUUAAAAAAAUAUUGUGUUUUGAGCAAAAUGAAACUACUAACGUGUACAAUUCUAAUCCACAGAUGUCUUUUCCACAUUUCUUUACAUAUCUUUCUUUGAGAACAUGCAUUGAUAAAGGAUUUUUUUUCAAGAUCCAGAAAUGAUUUUUCUUUUAAUUUCGGAUAUGAAAUGUAAAAUGCAUUAAAGAAAUAAAUUAUCAGUUAAAAAACGGGGGUCACCGAUCUUUUUAGGGAAUUGUGGCAUUAAAACGUGAAAUAGAAGUAAAUAUAUAUACUACAGACACAGGGAACCCUAGCUACACUUUUGUAUGCCUUUUUUGAAAACAUUGAUUUAACGUAAUUCUUUGCACGAAUGUAACCAAAGAUGUUUUGAAGUAACAUAAAAUUGUCAUAAAAUGAUUUUUUUUAAACGGUACGUAUAAUGGAUGAAAUUAUAAGUUAUAAGAUGUGCGCAGUAAAAGUGCGCCAUGCAAAACUGCGGAAUUACCUUAAUAUCAGUAAUAGUACAUUUUGCAUGUCUUUUAAAAUAGGCGACGAAAAUUUACACUGAGGCUGAUUUUGAAGAAAUAAAGCAUAGGCAUAUGGAGGAAAUGGGAUGUCUGAGAAUCGAAUACGAGUAAGUUAGGAGAGUGGUUGACACUUCUGACACAGCUAAAUAGUGAGGUGCAUUUCAUUUCUGCGACCAGGAUUCGAUUCCCGCAAUAUACCAUUUUAUCACUAUCAUUUCACAUCGUUGGCAUGUGGACAUAUUGAUCACCACCACACUCCAGAUUAAACCUACGGUGUUUAGUGGAGUUGAACUUUAGUUUUCGUUGUCACUGUUGUACCUGUAUAAAUUAAUUAAUGCGCUUGGCCAUGUAUAGAAAUUUAAAUAUUUUCUCUAUUAAUUUUGUGUAUAUAUUUCUUCUAGAUUACAUUUACAAGAAAUAGCUCGUGUGUCAAUGAGAGAGUCGCCAGAUGGAUUCUCGACUACUUCAGCUGAACCUAAAUUUAUAAGCGGUAUGCCAACUGUUAUUAUCGUACAAGACGUCAUGUUCCUUAACUGCACAUGCCUAUACUCAUGUUUUCCCAUUUUUCUUAGAUUCUUGCACUCGUAGCGUUUCAAACUCCCCAUGCAGUAAGCACCUACGCUGCUACGUUAUAUAACCCUUAUUGAUGAUGAUAAGUAUAAUGAACAGGAUGCUUACCUAGUUAGCCUUCGCCCCUCUCCUUUUCCCGUGCUCUCUCCCCACCCCACCCCCUAGCGCCGCUACGCAGGCUUUGGUAUAUGAUAUACGCGAGCCGAAGGCGAGUGAUUAUGUACUAUUUAAAGCACGCGUAGGAGUGUUUUAUCACAUAUAAAACACGACGCGUAGCGGAGAGUUUUAUAUGUGAUAAAACACGACUACAAGUGCUUUAAAUGGCUUCAAAAACGACUCAUCUUGUACGAGUUCAUUGGCGAAGUAAUUUUUAAAAUAAACUAUGUCUAAACCGAGAAAAUCAAAGCUAAAGUUUAUGUAAAUUAACAUGAUUUUUUAUCACAUAUUAAACCACGACACGCUUAUGAUUUUUCUUUGUGUUUUGAAUUAUUAAUGAGUUUUUGAAAUAUCUUACACAGCACCGACGCGAAUGAUGUACAAUUAUGAUUCGCCUUAAUAAAAACGUUCGAAUUCUUCAACAAUCCAAAAGACGCGAGUGAUUUUAUGACGGAAAUAUGAACCUAAACUUUAUGUAAAACGGAAUGAUUUUCUGUAGCUAUAUCAUACUGUAUAUAAAAUUCAUUAGUUCUUGAUCCUGACACGGUCAUGAUUAGACUAUAAAUGUAUAAUAGCUCUACAGUCAUAAAAGGUGCGCUAGAAUGCGGAGAGUUUAAAGGGGGGGAGGCGGGCGUGCGGGAGAACUCCCAAAUAAAACCCCAAAUAAUUCUCAAAUACAAAUCCUUUUCAGAGGCAGACGUAGAGCAAGGCUAGGUAAUAAUUUCUUUUGUGUUCCUUUAUGAACUAUUAACGAAAAUAUUACAAUUUAUUCCUUCCAGCUUGUACAUCCCCCAUACCACAAAGUGCACUGUCUUCUGCAGCACCGUGUUCACGCAAGAGCAGUCCAAGACCACGUACAGCUGAGGCGAGGUGAGUGUUGUGGAAACCAAACUAUAUGUUUAUAUUUAUUCAAGAACUUGAUCGAAGCAUGCAAUUAACUACCUGAAAAAUUAUUAUAUUUAAAUAGUUGCAUCGUUCAGCCAAGUUCUUCAUGAUCAAUACUUUUAAACGCUGCCUAAAUAUCCACCACAUUCAAUUUGCUUGGACGUUUUAGACGGUUUUUGGCAGAACAAAGGCAUGCCUUGUAACAAAAUGGUUGAAGGGUUUUUGUAGAUGGAAAGCGGAAGAUUAUAUACAAUUUUAGUAUUUUUAGACCUAUAACCAGGAGCAGCUGCGAAAAAUGCAAAUGUAGGCCCUCUAGUGCCGUAAUGCCCGUUCUAUAUUAGAGGUGUGCAAAUCCGAUCGGAUUCGUUCAGAUUUCGGAACCAAAAUAUUAAUUUCGGAUCGGGUCGGAUUGAUAAAGUUGUUUCGUAGUCGGAUCGGACUUCAAUAUCCGAAAUAAAAUGAAUUAAUUAUCCACGCAUGCAUUAUCGCAAGAAUUAAUUAUCCAUGCAUUUAUCAAAGCAUUAUCGCGGUUGUCGCUGCAUUAUUCGUUUGAUACUUCAAUUGGACGCAGGGGCGUACGAAGCAUCAAAAGAUUAGGGGGCACCGGUUUCCAGGGGCACUUUAGGACAUUGAAAAGGGCACCUAAAAAAUUUUUCCGGAAAUGUUUGCGCGGGGGGGGGCAAGGUUUGCGCGCGGAACGGAAAAAUUUUCCCGUCAUACCAUACCGAGAUUGCACGUUUUUGACAGGCCACAUUUUUAAAAAAAAACUUGGAAAUUUCCAAACAAAAAGGGCAUCUUUGAUAUUAAUUUAGUAUUUACAACGACAUUAGCUUGUACAAAAAGGGCACUUUUCAUCACAAAAAAGGGCACUUUUAGUCCUUUGAAAAAAUUGGGGGCGCGUGCCGCCGUGCUUCCGCUUCCUACGCCCCUGAUUGGACAUCACUUUGUCAGCUUCUUGACAUGUAUUUCUUGCUUUUAUAUUUAUUUGGUUAAAUAUUUCAACUUGAAUGAGAAAUUUAUUUUAUUAAAGAAUUCUUCGGAUCGGAUCGGAUUGGAAUUCUUUAUCAAAACUCGGAUCGGAUUCGGAUUAGACAAUUCCGGAUCGGAUUUUAAACAUUAGGCAAUUGUCGGAUUAUAAACGUCCAAUCCUAUCCGAUGCACACCUCUAUUCUAUAUGUAUGACCCGUUUCAUAUAAGCUUGGAAAUGCCAGGAUUUCACCUACCUCAUGCAGGAUCUCGGCAGGCAAGCCGCGGGACCACGCCACUAACUAGCCAGUCCAGUAUAUGAUGUUGGUUAAAGAAUUUUACUGCCUGCAUAAUAUAGAAACAACUACGUCUCAAGCGAAGGCCCCUUUGUGUAGUUUAGUAUGCUACUUUUGAUUAUAAGAAAUAUUUUAACUGUUCGUACUAUGUCUUUAAGAACGUCGUCAAAGAGAACGAAGAAAAUUAGAACUGGUCAAGUUCUACCAGAAUGGGGCAAGGAUCUUCCAGAAAAUGUAAGGAUUCUACAUACUGCCCAAGUCAUGCAUGUGUUUGCCUGCAGGGUGGUCGCCUUGAUAACUUCCUGCAAGCACGUUAUUCUGUCAUGAACUUUGUCUGCAUGGAUCCAUUAUUUUACUAUCGUUCCGAAAAACAGUCCAUGCAUCGCUUUCUCGGGCGUUCCUUGCUCUCUACUGCCCAUCUCACAAAGUCGUUUUCCUUCAUUCACUUCAGUUGUCCAUUGGUUGUCAGUCUCCUUUCUCAUAUUUUCUCUCUCAGCUCCACCACAUUCAAUUCCUUUCUUAUUCUCUCUCGUCGUCUUACUCCUUCAAUAGCUUGCAGACAUCUGAUCUCUCUCUCUCUCUCUCUCUCUCUCUCUCUCUACUUGUUUUACUAUAUUAAAAGAUCACUAUACAUGUUGUUGUACUAUCGUACCUGCAGAUUUGUCGUGAAAUAACGAUAAUGAUUUUUUGUCGUUUUUUACAGUUUUUUGAUCGACUAGAACAGUUUUCUAGAGCGAGUGCAAAAUAUCAUCAAGAUUUGAGCGAAAAGACAAAGAAAGCGGUUCGUUCUUAUUUAAUUUUCUCAACCGUCAUAACUCUAGUAUAGUUAAGUAUUAGAGUGUUGGAAUAAUAGAGUAUAAGAUUAUCACAUCAUUGUUCAUUGACUAUGUAGGUUCAGGAAAAUUAUGAACUUCAAAUGGCAACACAGAACCGACUGAGUGCAGAAGGAGAUGAAUUAGACCUAAAUGGUGAGAGAAUCUUACUCCAUGCAUCGAAAGAAUUUGGGUGAAACGUAAUUUUCGGGAGCGCGGGUCGCAGAUUAGCGCGCUGCCCGUCGCCGCUGAAUUAAAUCUCCUGUAUAGAUCGAGGUUUAAUUAGCGAUUUACCUGGGUUAGGUAACUUCUUUGUAACUUCCUUUCAGUAGAGUUUGAUUAGUUCUCUCCUGUACUUUGAGUAGUUUGUCCGUGUCCUCCCGUUUCCUUCCUCGGGCACCAAAAACGUAACCUUAAGCCAUAGUUGUUGAGCACAUUAUGGGUAAAUUGGCCAACGCACCCUAUAGCAUCGACCCACUGUAAUUGGCUCAAUACUGCUGCGGUGUUCCAGCCAAGUUUUUGAGCGGUCUUUUCAGUUAUUUUUGUUAUUAUGUAUUAGCUAAUUAGUAUGUGUAUUCUUGGCGAAGCUAUUAAAAAUUAAAUAAAUAAACUACACACGCAAAAAUAUCACAUUUUGUAGCAAGCCUGCCACCAACAGGCCGUCAACAAGUUGUGCUCGCACUGCUUGUCCCAAGUUGUCAACAAGUUUGGAACAAGCUGUUAACAACUUGUAACAACCUUGUUGAUAUUAUCAGACUUGUUGCAAGGUUGUUCUGAAAAGUCCGAUACAGUCAUGAUAGAACGAUAUUCUCGACAGCUUGUGAACAGACUUGUGACAACUUGUUUGCAGACCUGUAAAACUUGUGCAUGCGUUUUUACGUGUGUAGAGAGCACUCACGUAGAGACUGUUACCUCUGCCAGCAAAUUAAGUUACGUAAUACGUAUUUAUAUGCAUGAUUCAGUUCACUCUCCUCGGCAAGGCGGGACAAACUUCUGCUAAUUUCGCACACAAUUUGUAUCCAAAUUUAACCACAAUUUAGUCAAUUUGUCUUAAGUUCAGUAGUCUCACAAAUGUUCGUGAUAUUUUUUUAAUUUAUUGUGCUGGCAGACAAACACAAACACAAACACAAACACAAACACAAACACAAACACAAACACAAACACAAACACAAACUGUCACAUACAAACGCGGUUGAAAACACAACCUCCUGGCGAAGGCAUUAAAUCAUUAUUAUCAUCACCCGCAGUUAAUACUGUAAAUUUCUUAUCUACGCGUUCUUCCAUUUAGAUGUUUGUUUGCCUGCUUUAUUCAUGCCGUCCAGAAUGGGAACUGUAUAUUCACCAAAAGCAAGUCUCUAUUUUCAUCCAUCAGGUAAAUUGUGGUAUCUCAAAUAAUGCUUCACUAGUUUACCGUGACCAGAAUGAGUGUACUGUGUGUUAGUGGCGGGGAUGUACCUUCCACCUUUGCCACUGGCUUCCAUUCUUGCAAUAGGCAGUUCUCUAAAUUUUGUUUCGAUUACGUUGGAAGAGUGAUUUUUGUCUGCCACUUUUAUCUGAAAAUAUAUAAUUUAUUUAGGAGUUGCAAGAGGUCGUUUUACGCAAGCUCCAUCAGUUUUUAAACUGCCAUCUUCUGUUGAAAGAAAUGUAUCCUUUUUUGGUUGCAGUUGUUAAUUAUGUUCAAAUUGACUCUCGUAUAGGAGUGCUUACGGAACGCAGUUUGCAGUCCAUCCAAACAUCAGGUAUAUACGCAGUGCAAUGUGGGAUACAGGGGUUAAAAUAUUCAUUGUUUGACAGUGACGUGCGCAUGACGUGACGUAAGGACUUCUAAGGUCAAUUCAUGUGUGAUGAAUACUGACCACUUUUCGCUUUUCUUUCUUCUGUAUUUUUACCGUAGAAAUAAUUGCUGCCGCAGCGAGCGAGCCUGAAGCGAGCGAGCAAGGCAGCAGAUCCUAAUUUUGUUUUGUGGGUCGAAAUCAAAAUUUUCCAUUUGGCGCAUUGCAUGACGGUACCAGUGAAUUUUAACCGUGGUGCAGCGCGGUCCGGCAUAAGGCAAACAGACAAUGUGAUCAUCUUUCAUCUUUGAUCUUCUUUUAUGGAAAGCCAUAGCUGGUUUCCGCCACGAGCGUCUGUGACGCAGGCUAUAGCUGGUUUAAAGUGAUCAAACGGCAUUUUGUUGGGUGCUUUUAGCAUUAUACGGUGCAUGGUGCUUUCGGCAUCAUACACGGUGCUUUCGCCACUAUACGCGGUGGUUCCCGCAUUAUACGCGGUGGUUCCAGCAUUAUACGCGGUGCUUUCACCAUUUAUAUACGCGUUGCUUUUGCAAUUAAUAUACGCAGUGGUUCGAGCACUAUAUGCGGUGCUUUUAACAUACGCGAUGCUAGCUUUCAUUCAACAUUAUUUCCAUAUUCUUUCCAUGACAUGUCUAUGAUUUAACGAUUGCUUAAAUUUGGUAUGUGGUUGACAAAUGCUUUUUGCCUAUGGUCCGCAAAGACAAUGACAUGCUUUUCUGUGUAUAUAAAUGAAUAUAACGCAGCGAAUGCGCCAAGCAGUAUAAACGCGGCUGAAAUACGAUAUUUAAUAAAAUCUUGAAUGUGCCGUAUGAUUUAAUUAUGUUUUAGGAUUUACAAAUGCUUUGUCAUUUGUAUUUAUACUUGUACUGCAUCACAAGGCAGUACGUAAGUGAACAAAUUCCACAUGUGAGAUUGUCUUGUAUAUAUUUUUGCUUUCUUUGAUAAACAUUAUUAAACACGCAAACUUUAAUUAGUGAGACGCAAUGUUAAAUGUCACUUGCAUGUCAUUGUCAUUGACCUUUAACGCCUGGUCUAAUUGGCCGCUUUUGAAAAUGUUGCCAUGACGAACCGCACUGCCUUAAUUAUGCAAACUUUGUAUUUUAAAAACGGAUAGGAUAAAACGCGGAUACGGAUGGACGGAUGAAUGACGGACGGACUGGACGGAUGACAUAUAUAUGUCAUUAUAUAGUCUGCGCGCAGCCGCGCAGGGUAGUUAGUGGCUUACUUCUUCGCUGGUUGUUAUACUUUAAAAUAAUUUUGUAUAUACCGAGAAAUCAAUAUUCCGAGUAUAUAAAUAUAUAAACUGGGAUGUUACACUGAUAGCUUGUUUACAUUUCCUGGAGCAUCAAAUCUUAUGUUUAACCACGGUGGUUUAACCCAUUAGCUGGCAAUGCGCCCUUCCCUUGUCCAGCGCCAGAAGAUUGUACUCGUCAGUGGUAUAGGGUACUGCCAGUAAAUGGGUUAACAAACCUAUCUGCCAGUGUCUCUUGUUAAUCCAUCAGCAUAGUAAUGACCCCUACUUUAGUAUUUACCCUGUCCAACGCCAGACGAUUUUUAAUACUCAGUCAGUGGUAGGGUACUGUCAAUAAAUGGGUUAACCUGCAAGGAUAACAAUAGGAUGUUUCUGAAGGACUCGUUCAACACCCUGUAGUUUGUCUUUUGCUGUCGAAGGCAGCAUUACUGCCCUGUGGGUAACCUAGUAUCUAUUAUUAAAGUCAUGUUUGUGUGGUGUUCACUAAAGUACUACCACGCAUCAGCUUUAGGGAAGGCGGUCCAGGCACAUCUGAUAGAGAGGUUGCAGAUUUUUCAUGAGGGUAUAACCUACCGACACUCCACUUUUCUACCGGAAAAAAAUGUCGCUGCGAAAUUUUUCACUAACCAAUCACAUUCCAAAAUUUAUUUUUGACUUAACAAGUACUAAAUGUGCAACUUCAAUCAAUCAUAAACACUUUAAUGAAAAUGAUGAAAAUUAGAUUAUUCGCAUCACAUUGAUAUGUUUAUACCUUAACCGUUUCACUCAGGCUUCGUCUGUUAUGAACCUAUUUGAUAUCAGUCAACAUUUUAUAACCAAUGGCCCCACCUGGCUCUCGCAGGAUACACGUCCGCAAUCAGCUCGUACCACAGGACUAAGAAAGGAUAAAGUUUUGUCUCUUAAUGGGCAGGAAAGAAAGGAAACUGGAAUGAAAAUGAAAUCAGAAUAGGAGACGGAUUUAUUCAGGGGCGUAGCCACAGGAGGGAAUGGGGGUCCGGAUCCCCCACUUUUCUUCAGGACUAAUUUUGUAAUUCUUCCAAAACUAGGGGGCGUAACCUCGUAAUGCGAAUCUCUGACAUAAAAUACAGCUAUUUCGAUUAAGGUUGUCCCCCGAGCAAAGCAGAAAAGUCGAAUACGAGCGCGAAAGGCUGCUGCGGAAUCGCUAAUAAAUCCAUUCAUUUAUUAGCGAUUCCCAGCAGCCUUUCGCGCUCGUAUUCGACUUUUCCGCCUUGCUCGGGGACAACCUUAAUUGAAGUAGCUGUAUACCAAAUCUGUGGCUUUCAGAUUAUCAUAAAACGAGUCUAAAAUGCAUGAAAUAGCGUAAAAUAGAAAAAUUUUCCCGAGAUUAUGCCCGCGCUGACAGCCGAAUCCCCUACCAACGACUGGACCCCCUCCCACUCGUUUGGGGCUGGCUACACCCCUGACUGUAUUUAUUUAUUGUGUAGUGAAAUACACUGUAGUUAGCUAUAGUCUAUUAUGGUAAUUAUUUUUCUUGUGGUAUAAUGUUGAAUUUUGUAUGUAUUUAUUAGAAAUUUAGGUAGUGAUGUCAAAUGAGAAAAAUUGUUGUAAUGAAACAAUGUAAUGGGAUGAAAUCAGAGCCGCAGAUGGAUUUAGUUAUACACAAUUAGUUAAUAGUAACUACUCUUUUGUUACAAGUAAUGUUUAUAAUAUCGGAUAUACAAACUCGGGCCGAAUAAAUGCUUGUAAAACGUCUUGAUGAGAACAUCCGUAUGCUUCAACAAUUUAAAAUAAAUUAAUGAUAUUUGC